AUGUCAGGCCGGGUCCCGUCCAUUGCGUGCAUCGGCGUAAUUGGCAAGCAUAACAACCCUCUUCACAUAUCACUUUUCCCAGCAGAAGAGAGGGCGCCACUGGAAUUCCAGUUCCUUCUUUCGUCAUGUCUAGACAUCUUCGAAGCCCGCCUACCACACAAAACAGCAGAUCAAGACUUUGGCCUUCUCCAGGCCGUCGAUGAGAGGUUAGCAAUGUAUGGAUGGCUCACCAACACCGGAGUCAAGUUUGUCAUUGUGGUCGACAUGGAAGGAAGGCCAGCUACUGCGCUUGACAGCAAGAAUACGACUGCCGUUGGGCUGCGAGAUGCAGAUAUGAAACCCGCGUUUAGGGCGUUGCAGACAGCUUACAUCAAGCUGUUAAGAAACCCGUUCUACGACCCAGAUGAGCACUCUCCAGUCACAGCAAAUGCCGAGCAAAGGAUCGGCUCGACUCAAAUCACAAGUCGCAAGUUCAUACAAGAAGUCAAGAAGAUAGCCGACGCAUGGUCUCCAGGCGUUACCAGCAUUUGA